UUUAUCCAUGUCCAGAUGCCCGUAAGGGUGGGAAUGUUCUCACCGCAAUGCACGUGCAUUGCACUUUCCUUGCGUUCACAAAACUGCACAAAGAGGUCUUGGUUUCGUCCAUGUGAUAGAAGGUUGUUUUGUGCUGCCAACUGUUUCUCGUUCGCCCAAAUAAUAUUUUAUUUACUUAUGUCUUGUAUUACGCAGGCUUUGUCAAAAAAAAAUUGUUUGCGAUUUGCAGUUCUUUUCAGAAUAUAGUUAUUGUACAUAAAUUAAAUGAUUUUUUGAUACUUGGGAAUUUCGUUUUCAGCUGUGAACUUUUGAAUCUGGCAACAAUGCGUAGUAGUUGUCAAAUGUUUAAUAUGUAUGUAUAUGGCUAUAUGCGUUUACUUUUGAAGAAGGGAAGUGUAACUAUACUUUCCGCGUGUAACAUUGUCAAUAAACUGUUGUGUCGAUUUAAUUGUGGUUAAUAACCCUACAUUCUCCACUUUAAUUAAAGUGUUUUGUUCAGUAAACAGAUAUUUUACCUAUAACUUUUUAUUUCAUUCUGUUAAUUCGUUCCGUUGUAUGUUUUAAGGUUAAUGUAACUCUUAUGAAAAAUCUGAAGCAAGAUGAAGUGAGAGUGCAUUUUUGUUUAUGUGUAUAAUUCUUAUAAUUGCCUUUCCGAUUAUAAAUUUUGUGGAUUCAUUAUUUCACUGGUCACUUCAUAGCCACACAAAUGACAGAA